AUGGACUCCCUGUUUCUGCUGUCCAAGAACUUACUCAUUAGUCCCUCUGUGACCCGCACGUCUGUCCGACCAAAAGCCUACAUUCAAGUGACUGGGAGGUGGAAGAGAGUUGGUUUGGAGUUUUCUCCAACAAAUAGGCUUCACCUGUCCAAUCCCCGGGAUUCGAACGUUCUCCAAAAUACUCAUGGGUCUAGAGGCCCGCAACCUGCCCAUGGUUUGGAAUUAUAUUCAAAACACAGUCAUAAGAAAGAGUCUUCUUAUUCCGGAGGGAAGCCUGGACGGGUUGCGCCAGGAAGGGUGGGGUUGGAGGAGUCAUCUAGGCUACCGGAACGGAAAAGGACUAAGAAGACGAUCUGUACUUACGACGCACGUACGCUUGCAUCGGAAGCGGCCAUCGAAGAUCUGAUGAUGCAAGCCAAAAAGAUUAAGUACGACGUCAUCGGACUGACCGAGAUGAAACGACGCCACCCUCUCUACGCCGCAUAUGAAACUGGAGAAGAAGUGUUCUCAGGAGCAUGCGACAGUAGAGGAGUCAUUGGAGUUGGUGUCCUCGUCAACAAGAGUAUAGCAAUAAACAUCGGCUCUUUCGAACAACUUUCGACCCGGAUCGGACAUUUGCGGACUCCAUCAUCAAGCUACGAAGAAGAGGAAGUUGAAGUUUUCUAUGUGGACCUGGAAAAGUUCUACAGAGAAGAUCAUACCUUUUACAAUGUCAUUGUUGGUUAUUUCCACGCCAAAAUUGGCCCUAAAAGAACUCCUGAGGAACUUCACAUCAACAUCCACGGCCUAGAAUGGAAUGAACAAGUUAAGUGGCUUUCCAUUUUCAUCAUGACGAGUAAAACCAUCCAUCCGAACUGGCAAGAAGCCCUUUCCUCCCUCUCUAGAGCUGAUACAUCGGCGUAG